CACGCGCGUAUGCUCAAGAACAAGUCCUCCUUCCUUUUCCUUCUCAUCUCUCGUCGUAUACCGAAUCCUUCUUCCCUUCUUCUCGCCUUCCGAUUUCCCUCCUUCCCCCCGAUUGCUUGCUUUCUCUAGCUACUGCAAUCACAGAGUUCUCCGCUGAUGGGUGCCUGCUCCAAGUUCAGGGAUAUAUAUUUGGCUUCGUCCUGAUCUAAAGGGCCAGAUUAGUUGCACCCUUUUGGUGGGUUCUCAUAGUUUUGAGUAGCAGGGUGACAUCUGAAGUGAGAAGUGGAAGACGAGGGACUAUACUGGCCAUACCGUUUGUAGAUCGUCACUAUGGCAAUUCAACACUAUUUUCGCAAAGGGUUUACUGCUAAAAGUUUUCACAUAGAAGAGAUUGAGUUAGAUACUGAUUGGGAAGAUGUAGUCUGUCCAAUUUGCUUGGAUUUCCCGCACAACUCUGUGCUCCUUCAAUGUUCGUCGUACCACAAGGGCUGCAGGCCCUUUGUAUGUGACACUGACCACUUGCAUUCGAAUUGUUUGGACCGUUUCAAGAGUGCAUGUGGCAUGUCACCUCCUUCGGCUGACUCCGACAAGCCAUCAUCGGAAGCAGACGAAGAUGUCAAACUGGCUUGUCCCUUGUGUAGAGGGGAAGUUACUGGCUGGAUUGUCGUCCAGGAAGCUCGGUUGCUUUUGGAUGAGAAGAAGCGGUGUUGUGAAGAACACCGAUGUGGGUUUACAGGUGCUUACUUGGAACUUCAGCAGCAUGCCAAACUAGAGCAUCCUCAUGCUCGUCCUUCUAAAAUCGACCCUGCACGCCAGCUUGACUGGGAGAAUUUCCAGCAGUCGUCUGAGAUAAUAGAUGUUCUGAGUACAAUACAUUCAGAAGUGCCACGUGGAGUGGUUUUGGGAGACUAUGUGAUCGAGUACGGGGAUGAUGACAAUACUGGAGAUGAGUUUGAUGAUUUUCAUGUGGAUGAAGGCAACUGGUGGACUUCCUGCAUCUUCUAUAAGGUGUUUGAUAAUUUUAGAAACUCGAGGAAUAGAAGAAGGGCGAGACUAGCUGAUACCAGAAGAGGGAGCCGACGAUCGAGUUAUGACACUUCGAACUCUGAUGAGGGCUCUGUUGCAUCCGUUGACUUUGCAGAGUAUAGAUUAGAUGAGAUGGAUGAUGAAUUUCCAAGUGCAAGCAGGGGCCAUUCUAUUCACCGCAGUAGGCUUAUAAGCUUGCAAUCUGAACUCAAGUUCCUUCUUCAGGCCAAAAAGGGUCGUAAUAGUAACGAGGAUCUCGAUGCUUGGUCGUCGUAG